GGCGGCCCUGCCCCGCUGUGCCGAGCCGUGCCGAGCCGCCCCGCUCCGCCCGGGCGCCGGCAGAGGGGAUGGCAGCAUGAGCUGGCUGCCCGGCUCCCGCGGCGUGGUGCUCACCGCCUACCACCCCAGCGGCGGUGGCGGCGCCCCCGGCGGCCGUCGUUCUGGCCAGUAUACAAUGAACCAUGACAAUUCCAAGAAGACCCCGGAUGGAGCGUCAGUUGACCGCUCAGGUUCCCAGGACUCCUUGGAUGAACUGUCUUUGGAUGAUUAUUUUAAGGAAAUUGAAAACAUCCAUGAAACCAGAAGAAAUAAUCAUGAGGAACGAGAAGCACUUGUAGUGAAAGAGCCAGAUGAGGGAGAACUGGAAGAAGAAUGGUUGAAGGAAGCAGGUCUGUCCAAUCUGUUUGGUGAGAGCACGGGUGAUUCCCAAGAAAGCAUGGUGGUCCUGUCCACAUUGACCCGAACCCAGAAAGCAGCAGUAGAAAAGCGAGUAGAGACUGUCACACAAACCUUGAGGAAAAAGAACAAACACCAUCAGAUUCCUGAUGUCAGAGAUAUCUUCAGGCUACAAAGCGACCCAAAGGAAAAAGUCUGUGAUGAAAAUGAACCCUCAGCUGUAAGAACAACUGAAAACAGAAGUGGAACACAGGAUGAAACAAAAGGUCCUAAGUUCAGUGUUGGAACUAAUGAGCAGAAGACCCCACCUCAAGACAUGCCAUUUUCAGAAACUGACUUAAAUUUGGAGAUACCCUUUGCAGAACAGGCAGCUAAUACCAAAGACAGCUCAGUAGGCAAAAUGUGCAAAGGUGGAGGUGGUGACACUCUUCCCCUGAAUUUCAGACUGCCAAAGGACAAAACGGGUACCACAAAGAUUGGUGACCUUGCCCCUCAGGACAUGAAGAAAGUCUGUUCUUUAGCACUGAUUGAAUUGACUGCUCUCUAUGAUGUACUUGGGACAGAAUUCAAGCAGCAAAAAGCUGCAAAAAUCAAAACCAAAGACUCUGGCUUGUUUGGUGUCCCACUGUCAGUUUUACUGGAACAGGAUCAGAAGAAGGUGCCAGGUACCAAGAUCCCGCUGAUUUUUCAGAAGCUGAUUUCCCAGAUAGAAGAGGCAACUCUGGAAACAGAAGGACUUCUUCGAAUACCAGGAGUUGCAACAAGAGUAAAGACUCUUUGCCAAGAACUGGAAGCAAAAUUUUAUGAAGGGACUUUCAACUGGGAGAAUGUAAAGCAACAUGAUGCAGCAAGUCUUUUAAAAUUCUUCAUCCGUGAACUGCCUCAGCCACUCCUCACUGUAGAAUAUCUCAAAGCUUUCCAAGAUGUACAGAAUCUUCCAACGAAGAAACAACAGCUGCAAGCUUUGAAUCUUUUGGUUAUCCUUCUACCUGAAGCAAACAGAGACACUCUGAAGGUACUGCUUGAAUUCCUCCAGAGGGUAAUUGAUCAUCGAGACAAAAAUAAAAUGACGCUAAACAAUGUUGCAAUGGUGAUGGCCCCAAACCUUUUCACAUUUCAUGGGUUUGGCUCAAAGACUAUCGAGCAAAGCGAGUUUGUUAUGGCAGCUGGAACAGCAAAUGUCAUGCGCUUUAUGAUUCAGCACCAAAAACUCCUCUGGACAAUUCCCAAGUUUCUUGUUAACCAAGUGAGAAAACAAAAUGCUGAAAGCCAAAAGAAGGAGAAGAAAGACAAAGCUGUGAAGAAACUUCUGAAAAAGAUGGCUUAUGACCGUGAAAAGCAUGAGAAACAGGACAAGGUCCCUAACGAUGCUGAUGUUCCUCAGGGAGUGAUACGGGUGCAAGCGCCUCAUCUUUCGAAAGUUUCCAUGGCAAUACAGCUGACAGAAGAACUGAAAGCCAGUGAUAUAGUAGCCAGGUUUCUCAGCCAGAAAAGUGGAAAUGUUCAAACACUCAAGAAAGAAGAGGUCUUUCUUUAUGAAAUAGGAGGAAAUAUUGGGGAACGUUGCCUUGAUGAUGAUACCUACAUGAAGGACCUAUACCAGCUCAACCCAAAUGCUGAGUGGGUUAUAAAACCUAAGCAGAGUUAAGCUCACAACAAAUGGCAAAAGAACAAACAACCUGUGGACUUUUAAUGCUGAAUGUUUCAAAGGGAUAGCUUGUCCUUUCAACAUUCAACUGUAUUAUAUGUAUUAAUAGAAAACUACCUUGUUUAAAAAAAUAAGGUGGUGGAAACCCAACAGUGAUUACCAGUAAAUUUUCACUUUUACUUACAGCAAAAUAUCAGAGAUAACAAAUGAGUGGGAAAACUGUGUUAUGAGAAUAAGUCAGUUAAAUAUUUUAAUGGCACUAAUCUACCUUGAUGAUAUGCCCAUCUGGUAGGCUUUGUUUCAGAAGAAUUUAUUUUUCAAACAGAUGCUUAACCUCUUUAUAUUAGAGAUCUACAAUCUGUUUGUGUAGAAGUGUAUGUUCAUGUAGGUUUUUGCAGUGUUAUUACACUGGAGAACCAAAUCCUGAUCAGCACUUCUGGAUGGUACAGUAUUAAAAAUAUUUAAAACUGUUUCCCAAGUAAGUGUGAAAUUCACAGGAAAAACCUGCAACACAAUAUAUUUCGUCUUUGGAAAUCCUAAUUUUUUCACUUUCUAAAUGAAAAAAAAAACUAUUUGGAAAAAAAACAACAACAACGACUGUGAAAAUGCUUUCUAUGCAGCUUUUUUGCUAGAUAUUUUAAAUAUUUUUUAUUCUUAUUCUGGUUGAUUGUAUUCUUGAUACUAUUUUUUUAAUAGGACCAUAUGACAAGGUGAGUAAUUUUGAAGCUCACCACUCCUGGCAGUGUCCUUUCUGGAAUAUUGUCAUCUACUAGAAAGACCUCUAGGUUUUUCAGCAGUGAUAAUGCAGACAUGUUGCAUAAACUGGUUCCAGGUUUUUAGGACAUCUGAUAGAAUGCAGAGCAUUUUGUGAACUGCCAAAACCUGCCAAUUACUAGCACAAUAAAAACUUUCAGGAUUAAUAAAAUAAAAUAGCUGUGGAGAGAAACUGUAGGCUUGGUUUCAUAGCUAGCAAACCACCAACCUUUCACUCAAAAUCAGUGUAAAGGUCUGCCGUGGAGUUUAUGUAGGCUUUUUGGAUGUUAUCUACCAUCUGGGCUAUCAUAGAUGAGGCUAGAAAUCAAGUCCUGAUUUCCUUGACUGAUACUGUCUAAACCACUUAAAAAUUAAUAGUCCAACAAUGAACAAUUGCAAAUCCUUCUCUUUGCAAGGGAAAGACUGAAAGCUCCCUGUGGAAUUCGCUGAUAAUGAAUUAUAGACUGACAUGGCUUAUUGCAGCGCGAAGAGCUGUGGACUGUAGCGUCAGAGCCCAGGUCCCACAGCAAUGCUUUGGGCUCACUAACCUGUGUACCGCUUUACAAUUUAUUUGAAAACUAGCUCACCAGUGCUUAAGUGCUCAUACCUGUGUGCUGACUACCUGAAGUAACUACUGUGAAAUUAUAGCUUAGGAACUAAGUAUUUUCUUUCAAUGCACACACAAUUAGAUUGACCUCUUAGGGAAUAUUCUACAUACAAUCAAGGACUGGAUUAGAUUUUUUUUUGACUUGAUCAAAGCUGAUUAAAGGAAUCAAGGGCCUUUCUGCUGAGCUUUGGAUAUGGGCCCUGUGCUGUUCCCAAAAUAACCACUGGAACUCUCCAUUUUCUGUACAAGCAGUGAAAGAAAACUCUGAAAGGUCAUCAAAAAAUUAGGCACCUACUGAUUAGUUAUCCACAGCGUACGAACAAUUUGGGGGGUGUAAGUAUUUAUUGUUUUUUAACAGCUAUCUUGAUUGGGAGAGCAUGUAGGGAAGGAUUCUCAAAUGCAGGGUGAAUGAAAUGUGAAAUUGUUCUAAUGUGGUUGUACUGCCCCCGCUGCUCCAUCUCGUCAGGUACCCCUACAUGCUGUUGCACUGUGCCAUUAUGGGCAAACCCCGUGAGACAAAUAGUUUUUGUCAAUAGAACAAAACACACCCGCUGUCCUUUAAACAUAAGGGACAGAGAAACGGUGAAAUACUUAGGUAAAUAUUUAUGAAUCUAAUGUAAUAAAUAGAAGAUGUUUUGUCAUGUAAUACAAAAA